CUGAGUCGCGGGCGAAACGUCAUCUCUAAGCGACAUCUUCAGCGUUCCAAGCAUGGCUGGUACUGAUACAGAAAAGAAGCCGGUUUUGGAGAUGGUCCAAGCGGACGGCGCUGACGAAGGCUGCGUGACGUUCGUCCUGCAUGAGGAGGACCACACACUGGGCAAUUCGCUCAGAUACAUGAUCACGAAGAAUCCUGAGGUGGAGUUCUGUGGCUACAGCAUUACACACCCAUCCGAGAGCAAGAUCAACUUCCGCAUUCAGACACGAGGAGGUCUCCCAGCAACCGAACCUCUGCGCAAGGGCUUGAACGAGCUCACCGAUGUCUGUAAACAUGUCCUGCACACAUUUGAGCUUCUAUAUGAUGUUGAGCUCCAUCUAUUCGCCCUGAGGACAACCGAGGGACUCGUACACGACUAUUACAAAAGGCACAAGUGAAAGACUUCAGAGAACAGCAAGGCGAGGCCAUGGAAUAAUCCAGACCAAAAGGAUCGUCAUGUGAGCUAUACAUGACGCCGGACUGAUAUUUGCAGAAAGCCAGAGAAACCACUCGGAUGAUUGUCAACAAACUAUUUUGUACAGCUAAAACCUUUUCUUUUUCUUUUCUUUUUUUUAAAUAAAAAUCUUUUUCUCCAUAAAGAUCCUGUGUAUAUUCACUUCGCUCGACGUGAUUGCCGUGAUAAAAUAAAACAAAACACGCUCUUCCAAACAAACUACGGCAUUGCAAACGCUGGCUACGUCCGUGUGA